CUCCUAGCCUCCAAUGCCGCUCUCAAGGCCCAAGUUUAAUACUUGGCCAAGCAAGUUGCCCAACUCACUAAGCUCAAGAUGAGCAUGGUGAAUACCCCGGAGGAAAGGGAUGAAGACGAAGAAGUUCACCCCGAAGCUAACUCUAGUUACACCACUAGAGAGGAGAAUCAUGAACGAGGAGCUACCGAUUUCAAGGUUGACAUACCAACCUUUAAAGAGAAGAACGAUCCGGAUGACUUUCUAGAGUGGCUAGAAACUGUUGAGCGCGUCUUUGACUUCAAUGAUGUGCCCGAAGAUAAGAAAGUCAAGAUCGUGGCAUUGAAGUUCCGGAAGAAUGCCUCCACUUGGUGGUCCAACCUCUCCACCAAAAGAAGUGGUUAUUACGGUCCGCCUUCUUUCUACCAAUCACCUAACCGUCCUCCGUUUCAAACCCAUCCACCUUAUCACCCACAUCAGAACCCAUAUGAUGAGGAAUACCAAGUCAACAAUGGGUCCGACUACUAUCUCUACCAUGAGGAACCACCAUAUGACACCUCGUCUAGGAACUUUAGAUAUUCUCCAUACCAAGAUUCUGAUGGGCCUAUGUGCGUCAAUCAAUCUGAUCCACUCGUCGAAGAGAUCAUAAGAUUAGAACAGAAAAUCUUAUAUUUCGACGAAGUCUUAUUUGCUGAAGGCUCCUGGUACGAACCACCCUACUCUCGUUACUAUACCCUGUUUGCUGAAGAACCAAUUGAAGCAAACAAGGUGGCAAUUCGAGAAAGAGCAAAACUUCUCGAAUCAGUCCGGAAGGAAAAGGAGUUCGAAAGGAGAUUAUGCGAAGGAUCAUAUAUGAUGCAGAAAAUGCUAGAUGACUUCCAAAGAGAGAGACUAGAAGCUGAGGCUAAAGCUGAUAAAUUAGUCAAUGAUCUCUGCAAGGCUGUUGAACUUAAACGCUCCCUCCCAUCUCAAGAUCAAAUGAGGGAGAUUAACGUUCAAAAAGAGGCUCUAGAACCUAAGACCAACCCUGAACCCAUCAACCAACAGGUCCCGGUUCUAGAAGAUUCACCUAAUUCCGCACCAUCACAUAAACCCGAGAGCAUAACAACUCUCGCUGGGGCUACUGUGGUAAUGUUACCUAAAUAUCCUCCUAGCCAUGUCUCAACCAGCAUAGUCGUACAUGAGGUGGAACCAACUGAGGGACCUGACUCAGAACCACCUAUGCUUAUUCAAGAAAAUAAGGAGGAGGAAGUUUUGCCUAUGGCAAUAAACGACCAUCUCCUUAAUUGUGUUGAAGACACCCCUCUAGAGGAACCUCUUCUAGGGGAAAUAGAGCCCAUUACCUGCCCCCAAGAUACCAAUGUCCAAGUGUCCGAGCAGGAAUCUAUAGACGAGGAAUUACUUUGCAUGGAAAAGCCAAAUCCGCUUAUAGAAACCUGUGUACACAAUGCUUCAUCUGAAGAUUCAGACCAAACCUUCUUUGACUCCCUACUUGACGGGUAUGACUAUGUUUGCCCGAACGAUGGUUGGAGCUUAAGGAGUUGGGAUGAACUUCUGGUGAGUGACGACGAGGACUCUUCCAUGGGGGAGGGAACGAUCAUAAUCAUCAAACCACAAAUGGAUAGUCAGCCUAUUGAAGACAAGGGAGAAAUCAAUCUUGCUAUGAAGGCCAAUGAUGUGGAUCUACUGAGGAGACUUCCGCCCCAACCCACCUAUACAAAGUCUCCUCCAUAUAUCAUGUUGCCACCAAGCCGCAGGGAUGAAUCAAGGAUCCUAGUGUUGGGAAACGAGGCUUGGAUGACGCAGCGGAAAACAAAAAUUUAUAGUCCAAAACUCGAUUCCACCCAAGAACAACUUACGUAAAUUACUAGCUAUAGUAAGAAAUUUACCUUAACGGU